UACGUUUCACCGCAGCAAGCAAGUCGCUGAGAGGAUGUGGAGGGCGGCAACUAGUAUAUAGAUAGCGGUAGCGCAUCGGCAGCAGCAACACGGCACAGCUAUUUGCAGAUGGUGACAAGAUUCUCUUCCACCAGCAGGGUGCGAGAGGCUUCAAGAGAUGCCAUUAGAAAAUGGCGCCAAUGGCUGUGGAACCAAGAUGCAGGACGGCCUCAGACGGACUACUUAGUUGAAGGAGUCGGUGAUCUGGAGAUGGGGGAAGAACUAUUGCAUCCGUCCGUCAGAGAUAAUCUGUGGCUAUGGUUGAGGAGAGGAGCUCCGACAGAUGCCAGGGACAAACCUACCUCUCACCCCAAAAAGUCCAAGCCUAUUGAGUUGAACACACAACUACCAGCACAACUGUCACCGACUGGUUACUUAAGCCCGUCCUCUGAAUCCGAGGAUCCAACAGAUGCCAAGGGUGAACCUUCGUCUCGGUUGGAAAACUCGAAGCCCGUUGCGGAGUUGAAUAAAAAAAUACCUGCACAACGGACUCCGACUGGUUACUUACGCCCGUCCUCCAAAUCCGAGGAUCCCUACCAUGACCUUCUACAGGAUCCAACAGAUGCCAGUGGUGAACCUGGCUCUCGGUCGGAAAACUCCGAGGAGUUUAAGAAAGAACCUUUUUUGAACCGGGCAAAGUUUAAGAAAGAACUAGCUGCACAAAAGUCUCAGAAUGAUUCCGGCGAGAUCAAGACUGGAGGACUAUUACCUAUUGUUAAUUUCCAUGAUAGACAGGUUCAGGUCGAGGAGUGGAAGAAAGAAGCAGAGCAGUUUGAGACUGAUUUUGCUGAGAUGGUAAUGAAGAUCCAUAGGUUCCCUCCAAGCCUACGAGGUCUCAGCCGGCGGUACAUCGUCCCAAUGGUCGUGAGCAUCGGCCUUUACCACCAUGGAUCAAGUAACCUGCAUGAUAUGGAGAAGGUAAAGCGUGUGGCUACACAUCACUUCAUCAAGGACUCAGGCCACUCAUUUGAGGAGAUGCAUUCCACAAUCUUCUCCAUCAUAGGUGUUGCCCGUAGCUUCUAUGACACAAAGCAUGCCAAGGUCGAUGUUGGUGAUGCUGAAUUUGCAGCUAUCAUGUUCAUUGAUGGUUGCUUCUUGCUGCAGUAUAUGUUCAUUUGUACUGACCCUGGCAAGCUGCCUCCAUCAUUGUUGUCUUGCUUUGAGUCCAACCAAGCUUGCAUUAGCAAUGACAUAAUGUUGCUGGAGAAUCAGCUUCCUUGGCUGGUGGUCGAGACACUGAGGAGGUUCAAGCAUGUGCCCGUGGAGGAUUUCAUUGGUAAGAUGGGGCGUACGCUCCAAAUACGAGGGGACAUCGAUAGGAGGCCUGUUGUCCUGAAUAGGAUGUACAAGACACCACAUCUUCUUGGCACCCUCAUGUUCCACAUAGUGGGAAUCACAAAUGAUAGUGCGCCUCUGUCUGAUCCAAAUGGUUCUAGAUCUAUGUCCAAAAGUAUUAGUGCCAUCGAGCUUGCAGAGAUCGGCAUCGAGCUAACACCCGGCAAGACAACAAAGUUUAUGGACAUGGGCAUGAAGAAAGGAUUCCUCUCUGGCGAGAUCUUCCUGGCACCGCUGUUGCUCGACGACGUAAGGUCAUGCUGGCUCGUCAACAUGGUGGCUUACGAGGUAUGCGCGGGCAUGGCCACAUGUGCGGGGAAUGAAACUAAUACAAGUAAGACAGUUGUCUGCUCCUAUCUCUCCUUCCUGGCGAUGCUAAUGGAUAGGGAGGAGGACGUGCACGAGCUGCGUUCAAAGCGUCUCGUGCAGGGAGAACUGACCAACAAGGAGACGCUUGACUUCUUCAAGAUGCUUGUCAAGCACAUAAGCGGCGGGGCCCUCUAUGUUCAUAUCAUGGAAGAGGUUGAGUCCUACAAGCUCAAUAGGUGGAUGUGGAUCAAGGUGCACCAGUUCAUCUACAAAAACUUCAAAACCAUCGUCACAGUGUUGUCUAUCAUUGGUGUUCUUGUGGGCAUCUUCAAGACUCUUCUCUCUCUCAAGGAACACUAGACGUGCAAGUGUAGUUCUUCUUUUCGUGUUGUACCAUGUUACAUAUAUAGUUCUCCAUGUGGAAAUUGUAGUAUGGUGAAAUUGUUGUUUA